GCCCCUCGCUCGGGAGGCGGGGCCAGGCGGGGCGGCGAACCCGGACGGCGCCCCGGAAGCGGAAGGGGGGCGUUGGCAGGACCGCGGAGACGUGACCUCCGGGCGUCCGAGCCUGGGUGAGAGCGGAGCGGCCGGGCCGAGUCGUUCCUCCGCCGCGGUACAGGCAAUUAAAAAUGGGUCACCAUUUUGGAAACUUGGAAAGAGUGAGGCAUGUGAUCACUUAUAGCUUGUCUCCAUUCGAGCAGAAGGCAUUCCCUAACUACUUCACCAAAGGAAUUCCAAAUCUAUGGAGGCGAUUUCGUUCACAGGUCUUCAAAGUAGCUCCUCCUUUUGUGGUGGCCUAUGUUGUUUACACCUGGGGGAACGAAGAAUUUGAGCGACUGAAAAGGAAGAACCCUGCUGACUUUGAAAAUGAUGAGUAAUACAGCUAAUACGGAGAUCACAGUGUAUUAAUGUCAGUGUCCCUUCCUUGUUUCUAAUCUUGUUCACAUACACACAAAAGGAUAUUUAUAAUAGCAGGCUGCAGAAGCUUGUUCAAUAAAUCUUAGUUCCUA